UCUUCUUCCUCAAACGCAUGUGAUCAGGUACCACGUCAAGAGAAAUACCAGCUUGAAGCCCAGCUACUGCCAGCACAGGCCCAUAGGCACACUGGGGCCCAUUUGCUCCCAGGCUUCAGGGGGAGGCGACGAUUGAGCACCGGCAACUCCAGCCUCGCAGCGGCCCCGCCCCGCAGCGGCCCGGCCCCGCCCCUCCGCGCUCAGGCCGCGUCCCCAGCUCCGAGGGCGGCUGCCCGGGUCGCGGUCGCGGUUCCUUCCAGCUCCUGGCAGCCGGGCACCCGAAGGAACCGGUCGUUCAACGACACAGCUGGACCUGGCCCAACCAUGGACCGAAAAGUGGCCCGAGAAUUCCGGCAUAAGGUGGAUUUUCUGAUUGAAAAUGAUGCAGAGAAGGACUAUCUCUAUGAUGUGCUGCGAAUGUACCACCAGACCAUGGACGUGGCUGUGCUCGUGGGAGACCUGAAGCUGGUCAUCAAUGAACCCAGCCGCCUGCCUCUGUUUGAUGCCAUUCGGCCCCUGAUCCCACUGAAGCACCAGGUGGAAUAUGAUCAGCUGACCCCCCGGCGCUCCAGGAAGCUGAAGGAGGUGCGUCUGGACCGUCUGCACCCCGAAGGCCUUGGCUUGAGCGUGCGUGGUGGCCUGGAGUUUGGCUGUGGGCUCUUCAUCUCCCACCUCAUCAAAGGCGGUCAGGCAGACAGUGUCGGGCUCCAGGUAGGGGACGAGAUCGUCCGGAUCAAUGGAUAUUCCAUCUCCUCCUGUACCCAUGAGGAGGUCAUCAACCUCAUCCGAACCAAGAAAACUGUGUCCAUCAAAGUGAGACACAUUGGCCUGAUCCCCGUGAAGAGCUCUCCUGAUGAGCCCCUCAAGUGGCAGUAUGUGGAUCAGUUUGUGUCAGAAUCUGGGGGGGGGCGAGGCAGCCUGGGCUCCCCUGGAAAUCGGGAAAACAAGGAGAAGAAGGUCUUCAUCAGCCUGGUGGGCUCCCGGGGCCUUGGCUGCAGCAUUUCCAGCGGCCCCAUCCAGAAGCCUGGCAUCUUCAUCAGCCACGUGAAACCUGGCUCCCUGUCCGCUGAGGUGGGAUUGGAGACAGGGGACCAGAUUGUCGAAGUGAAUGGCAUUGACUUCUCUAACCUGGACCACAAGGAGGCUGUGAACGUGCUGAAGAGUAGCCGCAGCCUGACCAUCUCCAUCGUAGCUGGAGCUGGCCGGGAGCUGUUCAUGACAGACCGGGAGCGGCUGGCAGAGGCGCGGCAGCGUGAGCUGCAGCGGCAGGAGCUUCUCAUGCAGAAGCGGCUGGCGAUGGAGUCCAACAAGAUCCUCCAGGAGCAGCAGGAGAUGGAGCGGCAAAGGAGAAAAGAAAUUGCCCAGAAGGCAGCAGAGGAAAAUGAGAGAUACCGGAAGGAGAUGGAACAGAUUGUGGAGGAGGAAGAGAAGUUUAAGAAGCAAUGGGAAGAAGACUGGGGCUCAAAGGAACAGCUACUCUUGCCUAAAACCAUCACUGCUGAGGUGCACCCAGUACCCCUUCGCAAGCCAAAGUCUUUUGGGUGGUUUUAUCGUUACGAUGGCAAAUUCCCAACCAUCCGGAAGAAAGGAAAAGAUAAGAAGAAAGCCAAGUAUGACAGCCUGCAGGACUUGAGAAAGAAUAAGAAAGAACUGGAGUUUGAGCAAAAGCUUUACAAAGAGAAAGAGGAAAUGCUGGAGAAAGAAAAGCAGCUAAAGAUCAACCGGCUGGCCCAGGAGGUGUCUGAGACAGAGCGGGAAGACCUUGAAGAAUCGGAAAAGAUUCAAUAUUGGGUGGAGAGGCUCUGUCAAACGCGCCUCGAGCAGAUUUCCUCUGCUGAUAAUGAGAUUUCAGAGAUGACCACAGGGCCCCCACCUCCUCUGCCUUCUGUGUCUCCCCUGGCCCCACCCUUGAGACGCUUCGCAGGCGGACUGCACCUGCACACCACUGACCUGGACGACAUCCCUUUGGACAUGUUCUACUAUCCCCCCAAGACUCCCUCUGCCUUGCCUGUGAUGCCCCACCCUCCACCCUCCAACCCACCCCACAAGGUCCCGGCGCCUCCUGUCCUUCCCUCAUCUGGCCAUGUGAGCGCCUCAUCUUCCCCAUGGGUGCAGCGCACUCCACCCCCCAUUCCCAUCCCUCCCCCUCCAUCCAUUCCCACCCAAGACCUCACUCCCACCCGCCCACUGCCCUCGGCACUGGAAGAAGCACUGGGCAACCACCCCUUCCGCACUGGGGACACAGGCAAUCCAGUGGAGGACUGGGAGGCAAAGAACCACAGUGGGAAGCCCUCCAACUCCCCUGUCCCUGAACGGAGCUUCCCACCCACCCCAAAGACAUUUUGCCCAAGCCCACAGCCUCCACGAGGCCCUGGCGUGUCCACCAUCUCCAAACCUGUCAUGGUCCACCAGGAGCCCAAUUUCAUCUACAGGCCAGCUGUGAAAUCUGAAGUUCUGCCACAGGAGAUGUUGAAGAGGAUGGUGGUUUAUCAGACAGCAUUCAGACAAGAUUUUCGGAAAUAUGAGGAAGGCUUCGACCCCUACUCCAUGUUCACCCCAGAGCAGAUCAUGGGGAAGGACGUCCGGCUCCUACGCAUUAAGAAGGAGAGAUCCUUAGACCUGGCCCUGGAAGGCGGUGUGGACUCCCCCAUUGGGAAGGUGGUUGUUUCUGCUGUGUACGAGGGGGGAGCUGCUGAGCGGCACGGUGGCAUUGUGAAAGGGGACGAGAUCAUGGCAGUCAAUGGCAAGACUGUGACAGACUACACCCUGGCGGAGGCUGAGGCUGCCCUGCAGAAGGCCUGGAAUCAGGGUGGGGACUGGAUCGACCUUGUGGUUGCCGUUUGCCCCCCAAAGGAGUAUGAUGAUGAGCUUGCUUCUCUUCCCUCCUCCGCAGCAGAAAGCCCCCAGCCGGUCCGAAAGCUCCUUGAAGACCGUGCUGCCGUGCACAGACACGGGUUCCUCCUGCAGCUGGAGCCCACGGUGAAUAGGCAGGCGGGCCAGAGGGCCCUGUCUGUCCCUGCUGUGUGCAGUGGCCAUCUGCUGCCCACGCUGUCAGCAGGUUCUUUGGACUGGUGUCUGGAGAGUACAGAAGGCGCCAUCCCUGAAGUGCUGCCCAGGGUCUGCUAUUGGCCACAGUGGAAUUCCUCAGACUCAAAACCCUCCCCUCCCUCUACAGAGCCCAGUCUGUAGUACUUGCUUGGGACCCAGGUGUCCUGACUCAUCACGGCCCUGGGACCUGCUUUGGGUCCCAAGCAGCACCCAAAUGAGCAGGAUGAAGCCUUGGGCACCAUUCUCUGUGGGACACAGACAAUGCCUCAAACCAGGCAUGUGGGGCUGAAGGAACCCACAGGAAGCCUGACUGGAAUUGCCCCCAAGAGAUGUCCUCAACAGAAUGUGAAAAUUCCCCUUCCUGUGAAUGCCAGCCUGCUGGGAGCUCCUGCUCCACCCUGGCCCCCACACUUGGCCACAACCAGGGCUAUUAAGAGGUUUUGAAGGCUGGUCCAAAGAACCAGGGUUGGUGGAUUAGAGUUGCUCAUGUCCUGUUGUGCCCUGUCAUGGCCUGAGCCGUGCUCAGAACAAACUGUCUUCUCUGCCUUUUCCGUUCCUUGGCUGUGGGCUCUAUCUGUGGGAUAUACCGUGGAGCCCAGCUGUGGGAUGUGUUUCUCACCCUGUGAUAGGGAUGUGCCCGUGGACACAGCUGGCAGGUGGCUGUGAAACUGGUGUUUGGUGUGGCCUGAAGCCACAGAUGGCAGCACCUGGGGCAGACCCAAGCCUGGACUUGACUUUUCUGUUACAACUUUCCCAAAACAUUAGGGCCUCAUGCUCCCAAGACAGAUGGCCAGCUAGACCAUGGCUUCUGGGGUGGCCCGCGUGGCCCUAUGUUUUCUGUCACUUGCCUUUUGCAAGGGACUGUUGCCCCUGUUCCUCCUAGUCUCCUCCUCCCCGCAUCCCAGGUGUCCCUCCCACUUUCUCCCUGGCCUCCUGUGUGCUGUGGCUGUGGCUGGUGUGUAGCCACUUGGGGCCUGCACCCAGAGGGGUCUCCAAAGGUUGGCAGAGCCUCAUACUGCCAGGGUGGGUGCUCCCCGUUGUGGGGCCUUGGUCUGGCUGGGCUGAGUGUGCACCCACAAGGCC